AUGUCCCGCUAUUUUAUCCAACGCCUUUUGAUGCAUUAUGGAAGCUACGACCAACAACUCAUAGAACUUAAAAUUAAAUAUAACGUAAGAACUGCUGAUAUCGGACGAGUUCGUGCAUUUCAAAAGUCGAUUGGAUGCCCAUGGGCAAGCAAUCUUCCUCUUGAAGUAUUUACAUAUAUUUUGAGUGAGGGAUACGCCAAGUAUAGUGAACAAGAUAUUGCUGCAAAAGGAAAUGAUAUGGAACUUUUUCAUUUCCUGUCUGCAGGGCCCUUAGUGAUUAAUUUAGCAUCAGCAAAAUUAAAAAGUAAUUUAAAGCAAAUAGAGGAUCUUAUUAGAAAUAAGCAUUUUUAUCCUUUUCCACCAAGGCCUAAAACAGAUAAUUGGAUUUGUCCAAACGUGGAUAUGGUAACAUCAAGGCUUAAAGAGCUUAUAGACCUUGGAUUUAAAUUAACAGUUCUUGUAAUGUCCGACGCCUAUCAUAUCUUUGAAAGUCGUCUUGAAAUUAUUGGUGAUACGCUAACGGAAUCAUUUGGAAAUGUAUGCAAUGAAUCCAGUACAACAAUUGCAAGUAAUUGCCUUGGAGAAGUCAUAAAACCAGAAAAAAACUUGAAAAAACAAGAUGUGUUACACUUUUUAUAUUCAAAAAUCGAUCAAAACAAUAAAGAGGAGGUUAUAAUGAAAAUUUUGGAUAUGCAUAAAGUUGGUCUCCAUGGAUUAGAAGAUCCAAUUAAAUAUAGAUUCCUUACAUUAUCUCCUAUAUUUUACAGAUGGGUUAUUGAAAUAUUUGGCCCAUGUGCAGAAAUAACCAGAAAAUGCUUUGAUGACAUCCUUGAAUCUCGCAUUUGCGCAGACUUGUAUCUUCAACAGAAUCCUGGUCAAGAUAUUCCUGGUGACAUGACAGACAGUGCAUUUAAAGCUAUUCGUUCUUUGUAUCGUGAUUAUUGUAAGGAAAAUGUACCAUUUAGAAUUUCACACUUGCAGUAUUUGACCAGAUCUCGUGCGAUCGACAUAAUUCGACCCUUUUUUGAAAUCGCGUUACCAAAUAUCUUUCAUCUCUAUAAGAAUGAUGGAUUAAACCAACCCAACAACGAUUUAAAAUUCAAUUAUAAAAAUGCUGUAGACGCCAGCGAGUGGAUUAAAAAGCUCGAAGAUCUAAAUGAGAUACC